GUCCAGUUUUUUCACAGUAGCACUAUGUACAGGUCUGGUUAUAUAUAUGCGCAAUGUAAUAGCUCACCGAAAAACGGCUGAUGCGCAAGGGUUUGUCAGCGAGGCAUUUUUCCAUAGCUGAUGAAGUACGGAUAGUCAAGGAGGGAGCACCGCCUCGGAAAGGACUCGUCUCGGUUUUUCAUAACCCACGGAUGCGUAUAUGCUGGAAGGCGGAACAUGUUGAUACAGCGGUGUCUCUCGAUUCGUCGAGGCGUGUUGUUCUUCCGGUGCCGGCGCGACCCGCUGCUCAGCAUAUGAAACUUCCAGCUCGCUUCCUAGAUUCCUCUUCCACCACCCACACCUCCAUCCAGCAUCUUUCACCCUUACGUCUCGCACCAAAAAUGCCGACCCCUUUGUCAAGUCCGAGAGAGGUGGGGAGUGGAAGGGGGGGGGUUACCUCACGAGGUGACAGACACCUUAUCUUCUUUGCACAGCCCCAGGUUGAUUUCGCCCCUUUUCUUGCGUGCUGUUCUGUUCCCAACCCACUCGAGGCUCGAUUGCCGAUGCACAGGUGUAGAGCUCCGCUGCACUGACGCCAUUGGGACUGGAUUGCGACUUGACAUUACCACCUUUCAGUUGGCUAUGUAUAUAAUUGGUUCAGAUGUUGCAUUUGACUUGCGACCAUACCCAAUGGAGAGCUUGGUGUACCGUGCGCUCCAACCAUAGAUGGGCAGUUUACACUAGGGGCGGGUGCAAUCUUGACUAAUCGGGAUAAUGGUCCCAUUUGUUUCUUCCGUGAUGG